GUAGUCUAGCAAUAAAAAAGUUUCCAAAGUUAUCAUUUACCUUUGGAUGGGAAGUUGAGCAACCGCUGCAGCUGCUUCCAUCUGCUCGCCAUUUUUCCACACAGCCUUUGGCUCAGUCCGGUGUGCCAACUGCAAAGUGAUAACCCCGCAAAGCUACAACUCCUAAGAAGACCCAGACUAGACACCGCGCAGCUUGUCCCCCGAAUCCAAUCCAGCCCUACUUCUCAUUCGGGUACUCCAAACGGCGUCAUGUCCAAUCUCUCCCGGCGGAUUCUAAACGGCUGGAGCGACAUACACGUGGCCGCAGCUGCCGGCGAUUUGGGCCGUGUGCGACUCGCGGUGCAAAAGAACCCGACAGACGUGGACAGGCCUACUAAGGAGCGUCAAACCGCGCUGCACCUGGCCGCAGCCGGCGGGUUCGAGGCAGUGGUGGGGGAGCUGCUGGACCGACAUGCCAGGACCGCACUGCAGGACGAGGCUGGCCGCACCCCGCUGCAUGCAGCCGCCGAGGCGGGUCACGCCCGCUGUGUGGCUGCGCUGCUGGGCCCGCGCAAUCGGGAGCCCCCGGCGGAGCGGUCGAGGCUGCUGGGCCUGCGGGACAGACAGGGGCGGGAGGCGCUGCUGGCGGCGGUGGUGGCGGGGCAGGCGGGGGCGGUGGAGGAGCUGGUGCGAGGCGGCGCGGAUGCGGCCCGGUGCACUGACCAGUCCGGCAGCGGUCUGGUGCUGGUGGCGGUGCGCUGCGGCCACACGCACCUGCUGCCGCUGCUGGCCGCCGCGUGCGGGGGGCUGCUGCUGCAGCAGCGCGACCCCGCCACGGGCGGCACGCCGCUGCAUGUGGCGGCAGCCGCGGGGCUGCUGGGCCCGCUGCAGUGGCUGCUGGCCGCGGGGGCCAGCACCGGCACCAGGGACAACGCGGGGCGCACACCGGCGGAGGCGGCGCUGGCGGCGGGGCAGCAUGCGGCUGCCAGGGCGAUCCGGGAGGCUGUGAUGACGCCGCCGUUGUCAUCACCGCCAAUGCCGGCAGCAGCCACCUCCUCAGCAACAUCAUCGUCAGCCAUGUCAGCGGCGGCGGUGCACGCCCUGGGCAGCGCAGGCGGGGGAAAGCAUAGUUUGUACGGCGGCAGGGGGGCGGGGCAGGGAGGCAUGCAGGCGGCUGGGGUGGGCGGUGCUGCGGCAACGUCAUCGACGCCCUGGCAGCAGCAGCAGCAGCAGGGGGCUGGGGGGCAGGAGCCGGCGGGUCCGGCUGCGGCGGGGGGUGCAGGUGGGAAGCUGCAGAUCCCGGAGACACCGCCGCAGGCGGUGUAUUACCCCACGCCGCUGCCCGGAGCGGGUGUGUACUUUUAGGAAGCAGGAUUCCAGGGUUUUGCAACGCGUGCUGUACUAUAGUUGCUGUGUAGAUUGAGGUUUGUAGCUGCAGACUGCAGCUGAAUGGAUUAUGGGUUCCUUGAUAGCUGCGGUAACCCGAAAGGGUGUGGCUUCACAAUUACCUUGGCAUUCAUGUGUUGGCGGAAGGUGCAGGGCAUUGUAAUUGCUGGACAAAUGUUACCGGCCUCACCAAGGGCGUGAUCGCAGCUGAGAAAGCUGCAUGGGGGCAUGUUUGCGGCUGGAAGAUUGCUGCUUCGCAUGCGGGGUGGUCACACUUGCAUGCGGGGUGGUCGUGGCGCAGGUUGCCGUACUGUUUGUUUAGAGAGGAAGUAGAGAGGAUUACAAUAGGGUGCAAUGUUCGCACGCAGGUGGUUAUGGACCUGACGGAAAAUACUGAGUGGAAUGAAUGAUUGCUGAUUGCUGACGGAUUGAGUGCGUUUGCUCCUCAUUGCAUGGGAGGGUCGGUACUGCAGCAUCCUGCAUCUACGGAGCCGCGUCCAUUCCUGUUGUUGUGGAUGUCUAGGGUCUUGGGUCCGAGGGCGCCCUUGCAAACUAGCUCCGCGUAAACACGAUGAACACAGCUGAGUAAGCUGUGCGACCCACGCUGCGCGGCGGCGGUGAGGGUGUUAUCACCGACCCAGGGGUCGGGGUCCUCCUGGGAGAUUACCUGUGGAUUUCACAGGAAAAAGAAGGCAUCGAGGGUGGAUGGGCGUGGUUGGGCUUCUUGUUAGGAGCAUAGGGGGCUGUGCCGCUGUGGUUGAUCCCUGUGUUUAUGCGCCAGACCAGGUGGCGCAUGUCCCUGCUGCCCCUGGCAGCACGCACGCUGGAAAGCCGUGCGCUUGCGGCCUGCUGGUCAAGCCUUUAUGAUACAGUUUUUGAAGAUGCUGGGGUGCAGAUGCUGGGUGCAUAUCCCAUGCAACAAUACUCGACCAAGACUAACACCACAGGUAUAAAUAACGUGUUCA